ACCGAAGGUCCGAAGCCGAGCCACGGCCGCCGAGGCGUCGCCUCCACGGGACGGGACCGCCUGCACCAAGGUGAGGUACCAUACCACCCGUCCACCCCACGUUCCCACCCAAACGGCCGUCGAACUAACCAAUCUGACGGUACGAGCGCACUUGAUUCGGUUCGCCUCCACCUUCCUUUAUUAUAGUUGUAGCGUCGCCGCUCGGCCGGGCACGCACGCCCAGACAGACGAGACCAGAUCGGGGACCCUCGCGGCGCCCAGUUCCCGAGCGAACCCAACCCACUACCCACAGCCAGAAGCAAAAGCCCCUCGCCUUUUCCGCGCCUUGGUUCUCCUCCCGUCCAUCCGCGGCGAGAACGACCGACGACGACAGGGCGAGAUGUGCUGCUGCCCGAGCAAGGCGUGCUGCAUCUGCACGCUCAUCGUGCUGGUGCUGGUGGCCGUCGGCCUCGUCUUCGGCUUCGGCGUCUACACCCGCGGCUUCCACAAGCUCACCAGCAUGCACCUGCAGGACGAUGCAUACGGCCGCGGUGGCGCCGGCGGCUCCUUCCGCGCCUACGGCCACUUGGCCCCGCCGCCGUACUAGAAGGACCGCCGCCCCUUCUCCGAGAUCUAGGGCCUGGAUGCUGGGCGAUUCGAGCCCCGCUCCGCUCUCGGUGGAGUUGGAUGAACUGCCGCCGCCGCCGCCGCCUGUAAAAAGGAAAUGUAUCAUGGGAUUUUCGUUGCUUGCUGCAUUUUGGUUUUGUUUGAACCAAUCGAUUGGAUUGGCUAGUAAUUCGAUUUGUUGAAGACUGAGUGAGAUUCGACAACAUAUUAUCAUUAUCCCGUCCGCUGCUGA